AUUAGAGCACGUGCUGCAGACCAUCACACAGACCUUUGCAAUGGAGUUCUGCUUUGGAUUUCAUCAAGCCCGUGGAUCUAAGAUCUCUACAUCAUGGAUCACCUUUAUCUUUCUAUACUCAACACUGUGUAUGUGGACUAGUGUAGACUGCUGGUCCUACUACUUCUCUAACAACACCAUGACUUGGCAAAAAGCUAGAGAGUGGUGUCAGGAGCAUUACACAGACAUGGUGGCCAUCCAGAACCAGGAGGAGAUCACCCAUCUCAAUAGCUGGCUGCCUAAGAAGGAUGGGUACUACUGGAUAGGGAUCCGCAAGAUCCAAAAUGUCUGGACCUGGGUGGGGACCAACAAGCCUCUGACAGAAGAAGCAACCAACUGGGCAUCAAAUGAGCCAAACAACGGCAAAAACGGAAAGAUAGAUGGGAAAAACGAGGACUGUGUGGAGAUGUACGUGAAGAGGUACAACGAGCCGGGCAAGUGGAAUGAUGAGAGGUGUUCAAAGAGGAAGACAGCCCUGUGCUAUACAGCUGCCUGUAAGAACAACUCAUGCCAAAAUGGGGAAUGUGUAGAGACCAUUAACAGCCACAAGUGUGAAUGCUUCGAAGGUUUCUACGGGGAGAAGUGCGAGCAAGUCGUCAAGUGUAACAAAGAUGAGGUGACGCUCCCGGAGAAAGUGUCAGAAGUCAGUUGUUCUCAUACGAACGGCGAGUACUCCUAUGACUCCAUGUGCCAGUAUUCCUGUGAGGAAGGAUACCAGUUGAGCUCAUCAGGAUCCAUGAGGUGCACUGCCAAUGGAAGCUGGUCAGAGCAGCCUCCUACUUGUGAACUGGUGCAGUGUAAGGAGCUGUCGACACCAGAAAGAGGCUUCAUGGAUUGCUCUGAUCCUCUGGGCUCCUCCAGCUACCAGUCCACCUGUGUGUUUUCCUGUGAAGAAGGCUAUGUACUGGCUGGCUCCCAGUCAAACAGCCUGCGCUGUGAAGGGUCCGGACUUUGGAACGACUCACAGCCACAUUGCGAUGCUGUCCAGUGCCCUGCUCUCCAGCAGCUAGAGAAUGGAGCUGUCAGCUGUGAAGGUGAUGAAGACAUCAGGUUCAGCUACGGGAAUGCCUGCAGCUUCAGCUGUGCCCCGGGCUACCGGCUGGUGGGAUCCAGCACAGUGACCUGCACAUCAGCGGCUGAGUGGAGCAAGGAGAUGCCUCGUUGUGAAGCUAUUACCUGCCCAAAACCAGAGGGAGCUCACCUGCUUACUCAGUGCAACCACCCAUCCGAUGAACUACGGCCAGAAUCCACCUGCAGCUUCAGCUGUGAUCCAGGGUUUGAACUGCAGGGGGCGCCCACUAUUCAGUGUUCUGAGAAUGGAGAGUGGAAUACAGGCAUACCAACAUGCAAAGCACUGCAGUGUCCUCCUCCUGCAUCUCCUGUAGGAGGCCAGAUCAGCUGCGUGACCCCCUCGCUCUCCUCAUCUAUCUCUGCUGGGACAUCCUAUACACAGGGCACGGUCUGUACCUUCAGCUGUGAUGAUGGCCAUGAGCUCCAAGGUGCACUCAGCAUGGAGUGCACUCUGGCAGGCCAAUGGACUUCCACCCCACCAACCUGCACAGCAGUGAGAUGCCCCUUGCUCGAGGCUCCUGUUAACGGUGCUAUCAACUGUUCAGACCCUGAGCUGAAAUACAACUCUGAGUGCUCCUUUACAUGCAACCAAGGCCACUCGUUACAUGGAUAUGAAGUUGUCAUCUGCGAUCGUUAUGGUAACUGGACCGCAGAGCAGCCUGUUUGCCAAGCUUCUCCUGCACCUCUGAUGAGCCCCACCACCAUAGGCAUGGCAGCAGGGGGCGCUGUGACAGUGUCCGGCCUGUCCCUGGCUCUCUGGCUGCUGAAGAGACUGAAGCCAAAAGGAAAAAACAAGUUUGAGCUUAACAGCACGUCAGACAUAGAGGACCCUCCACAGGUCUACAAGAACAGCAUUGACAGUAGUGCCUUGGUUGUGGGCACCAUGGGCUGGACUUAUCAUCACUCUAACAACAAGAUGAACUGGUCCCAGGCCAGAGAGUUUUGUCAGAACAACUACACUGACAUGGUCGCCAUCCAAAGCCAGGAGGAAAAUGACUACCUGGUGUCUCUGCUGCCAAACAGAAGUUCGAGUCCAUAUUAUUGGAUUGGAAUCACGAAAGCCCACAAAAAUGACCCGUGGACCUGGGUUGGAAACAACAGCACAUGGAUUGGUGACCAUUCGUGGGCGCAAAAUGAGCCUAACAACAACCACAGCACAGAGUUUUGUGUGGAGAUCUAUGUGAACGGAGGGGCAAACAGAGGGAAGUGGAACGAUGAGAAAUGUGCCAAUUUGAAAUACCCUGUUUGCUAUAAAGCUGUGCAAUGCGCCCCUCUGUCUCAGCCCGACGGCGGAUACCUUAACUGCUCAGGAGAGAACCAGACGUUCAACUCAACCUGUACAUUUGGAUGUUACCUGGGAUUCCUGCUGCUGGGCUCAUCAGACCUUACCUGUGGCACUGACGGUGUCUGGAGUGGACCAAGGCCUGAACCAAUUCAUGCUAGACAAAGCUUGCACCACGGACUGCUGAUAGUUGCACUGAUUGUAAUUACAAAAGACCUGACCACAGGAGGAGUACAGGCUUGGACCUACAAUUAUAGCAUCAGCCCAGGCCGCAACUGGAAUUCGGCCCGCCAGUGGUGCCAGCAGCACUUCACAGACAUGGUGGCAAUCCAGAACCAGCAGGAGAUCAGUUUCCUUAACCAGCUGCUGCCCUACAACCCCAGCUACUAUUGGAUUGGCAUUCGCAAGGUGGCUGGAGUUUGGACCUGGGUUGGGACCAAUAAGAGCCUGACCACAGAGGCUGAGAACUGGGCGACUGGGGAGCCUAAUAAUGAACUGGAGGACUGUGUGGAGAUUUACAUCAAGAGGGGCAAUGACAUGGCCAAGUGGAAUGAUGAGAGGUGCAACAAGAGGAAGGGAACUCUUUGCUACACUGCUUCUUGUUCCCAGGAUUCCUGCAGUGUCCAUGCAGACUGUGUGGAGACCAUAGGAAACUACACUUGCCAAUGCCAUCCAGGUUUCCAGGAGCCACACUGUGAACAAGCAAUUGUGUGCCAAACCAUCUUGGAUCCGGAGCAAGGUUCUCACCACUGCUUCGACUCCUAUGGGCCUUACAGUUUCAACUCUUCCUGCCGUUUCCAUUGUAACCUUGGCUUUCGGUUGGUGGGGGCACCCAGACUGGUGUGCCAAGCCAAUGGGCACUGGGACCACCCAGCUCCUCUGUGCCAGGUCAAACAGUGUCCAGCCCUGAAUUACGCCCCUACUGGAGGUAGUAUGGACUGCAGCCACCCCAUUGCACCUUACAGCUACAACUCCACCUGUGAGAUCAAUUGUGAUGAAGGCUAUGAGUUCGUUGGCCAAAACCAGAUACGUUGUGACCAUACUGGCCAGUGGACUGCCGGUGUCCCAGCAUGCACAGUGAAGAAGUGCACUCCCAUUUCCACCACUGCCAUGGGCAAUAUGACAUGUGUGGAUGUUCUGGAGCCAUUCUCCUUUGGCUCCAGAUGUAGCUUCAACUGCUGGGAAGGCUACUACCUGACUGGACACAACACACUCACCUGUUUGGCCUCUGGAGAAUGGAGUAACCACACACCAACAUGCACUGUGAUACAUUGCAACAGUCUAAAAGCUCCCUCUCAUGCCUCCAUACAAUGUCAAGACCCAAUAGGAGAGAACAGUUAUGGGUCCACAUGCACCAUUCAGUGUCAGAAGGGAUUUGAUGUGAUUGGCACCAACUUCACCAAAUGUUCCUCACAGGGCAACUGGAGUCACGCCCUUCCUGUCUGCCAGGCUAGGAGGUGUAAUCUGAUAACCGCUCCUCCUCACGGCUCCCUAUCCUGUUUAGAUCCAAAUGGCCCCUUCAGGUUUGGUUCCAAGUGUGUGUCGGUGUGUGAGGAGGGCUUCCUCCUGAAUGGGACUGACACUGAGUGCACCUUUCAGGGCACAUGGAGCGCAGAGGUCCCGCAAUGUUUUGCACGCUCAUGCCCCCUACUGGCUGCUGCUCCACACAACGGCUCGAUGAACUGCACCCACCCAUACUCCCCGUUCAGUCAUGGUUCCAGAUGUGACUUUGGGUGCAAUGAAGGUUUCUCACUGAGAGGAGCAUCAAACAUAACAUGCAAUGCCACGGGUCACUGGAAUCAGGACCUGCCCACCUGCCAGUUGGUCCAGUGUGAAGCCAUUCCUGCGCUGUCCUCACCCCUCUCCAUGAACUGCUCCCACACUCUGAGGAACUUCAGCUUUGGCUCCCGGUGUCUUUUCACCUGUGAGGAGGGUUAUUCCCUGAAUGGGACAAAGGAGCUGUUUUGCUCCAGCAGUGGGCUCUGGAGUGACAAUUUACCUACCUGCACAGAGCAGGGUAUGCCUUUGAGGACUGCGAUGCUGAUGUCUACCGGCGCAGGGGCAGCCUCUGGUGUUGCUGUGCUCAUCCUGAUAGGACUGGGUCUCUUGAUUGCCAAACAAUUUAAGAGGAAAAAAGGAAUUGUGGACUAUGAUAUGGCAACGUGGAAUGAGACAGAGAAUUUAGGCUUUGAAUUUUGAUUUUUUUUUUU